AUGUCAGCAACAGCCUCAAGAUCAGUUGCCUCGAUCGGCACUGCUGCGCAAGCUUCCUUGAGCUCGGAUGCGCUGCCGCCGUUCGUCAUUCGUGCCAGCAGCUCUCGACCGUCUACUUCCAAGAACACCACAGCUACACCCAAGCGUCGAUUGAAAGGAUGCAACACGCCAUCCAGGCUGGUACACUACUCAGGAGAGGCACACCCGGCCUCUUCCUCCUCUCGCCUCUCACGAUAUGCGCCGACGUUCACCAAGGACGAUAUGGAUGUGGACCAGGACGAUAUGGAAGCAGCGGAGGAGGAAGAUCACGACGUCAAGAUUGCCGUAGCCGGCGCGAGCAUCGCCUCUUCGCACGUCUUCAUGAAGGGUCAUGGAACAUUCUUAUCGGCGAACACAGACGAGAUCCUGUCGUCGAUGUGCGGUACCGUCGAACGCGUGAACAAGUUGAUAUCCGUGCGUCCUGCUCGCUCCAGAUAUGCUGCCGAAGUGGGUGACCUGGUCAUUGGCCGUGUCACCGAAGUGGGCCCCAAGCGAUGGAAGGUUGACAUCAACGCCAAGACCGACUCAGCCUUGCAACUCUCGUCGAUCAAUCUACCGGGAGGCAUCCAAAGGCGAAAAGUGGAGAGCGACGAGCUGCAGAUGCGCAACUUCUUCCAGGAAAACGACCUGCUCGUCGCCGAAGUCCAGAUGAUGUUCCAGGACAACUCAUCCGCUCUGCAUACACGUUCUCUGCGCUAUGGCAAACUCAAAAACGGCGUUCUCGUCACCGCGUCACCCAAUCUCAUCCAGCGCCUCAAAUCGCACUUCGUACAUCUCAAAGACGACGAGCUCGCCUUGGACGUCGACCUCAUCAUUGGCCUCAACGGAUACAUCUGGAUCGCCAAGCACUUCCCGUACAGUCAACCGUCCAACUCGAGUAGCGGCAGCGGAGGCGGAGAAGGAGGAGGAGGAGGCAACGAGGGUCUCGCUGGCUCCGGUGUUGGUAUGGACAUCGAUGCUACCUACUCGGACCAGAACGAUGCUGACUUGAGCGUGGAGCUGCGACGCCAGAUUCAGCGCGUUGCGAAAUGCAUCCAUGUUUUGGAUGCGUACCACCACCCGAUCUCGGACGUCACGAUCCACUCGCUGGUCGACAUUUCGGUUGUGUACGUCGGACCGAUCCUCCAGCAGAACGAGCAGCAGGACUGGCACCGCGACGUCAACCUUACCUCGCUCAUGAUCGCGCAGCUGCGGUCCGGGUCCAGCUUGGCCGAGUAG